AUGCAUGCCAGAUUUGCGGAUCCCGAGCCAGCGUCUCCGGAGAGCGUGGAUGGAAUCGAAACGGAGUCACUGGAGGCACGAAUUGAGGCCUUCAAGCAAAAUCCCCAGAACAUGGCCGCAUUGCGGGAGGCGCUCGACGAUGUGCUCCUGCGGGCUGAGACGGAGGCCAACAGGCGGGCAGUUGAGAGCCAGAAAUCGCAACAGGGCAAGGAAAAACGACCGAGUUUCGCCAUACCAGAUUUUAAGAACGGCAAGGUGGUGAAUCGCGCCCGGGGAUUCGUGGUGCGGAUCUUCGAUGCCAUAUGCAAUUGCGCCAACAACAAUGCGGCGGCGGCCACGACGCGCUUCAAGCUGAGAAGCAACAGCGGCGGAGGAGGAGGCGGCGGAGCCAGCGGUAAUGGCAAGCGACAGCAGUCGCAGGAUGAGCCGGAAACCCUAGUCCUGACCAAGAAGAAGCCCGCCGGCGAGGGCAAGAAAAAGAAGGGAGUCAGCAUGGCCGAUGACGUUCAAGCCGGCGUUCGACUGAUGGACUAAGCCAGCAAUAGUGGACAAUGGUUGUCCAUGCAAUGGGAAAACAUAAUCAAAAUUAAAAACAGCCCUCCCUGAACACAGAACUUUUACUCAGCAAUCCUCUACUGUCGUCCUACCGCCACCUUAAUGGAUCUUGUCCAGAAGCAUUUUCUUCGCUCAAACGUCUUAGGCACAAACCACAAAUUCCACGUCUUCCCCUUGAAGACGACCACCAAGUUAAUGGUGUAAGAUUAUAAGCCCUGCAAGAGGAAUCUUAAAAUUGCAUGGAACAGGGCUGAUGGAAAAGCUUUAGCUCUCUACUUUAUUGUUUGAUAUACCCAAAUGUGAUCCCAGAUGGUAAUGUUAACGAAAACUCAACUCGAAGCACAAGCAACUUCUAGGCUAGUUAUGAACGGAGAAACCCCCUAUAUACGACAUUUGUAUACACUCUCCAGCUCUCAGACAUCACAACACAAUCAACGGCAUUACACAAUCCCAGUGGAAUCGACGAGGGUUUGCCCCGAAUCUCCACCUAAUUAUAACUACGAUAUAUCAAAUUAUAUACCUAACUAUAUGUGUAUGUGUAUGACUAUAGGUGUGUACGGAACCACCAACCAAUUUAGAUGUGUGUGUGUAGCAGUUAAAAGUAUUUCCAAACCAAAGCAGCUAACAACAAACGGUUCAAUAUACAAGCAUUAAUGUGUACUGAUUUUAUAUACAAUGUACUAACUACUAUAUAUACGUGUGAAUGUCAUUAGACUCUUAGUUGUUUACACAGGUUUCCUCGAACAUCCUCAUCAAAUUCAUCAACUAAUCCGCACACACGCUCUAAUCGGAUAUAUUUUUGUGAGCCCCUUUUUGGAGAGAUCUACAUGACACUACUCUACACCGAAUCCGAAAUUUACGAUAUCGAUUACGAUACAUAUAUACACACCUAACGAGAGAACUUUGUACGCAGAUUUGCAAGGCAACCAUUUUGUAUAAGAUUUGCAUUUAUUUUGUAACCACUUGAAUGCAAAGAUCUCCCUAAGUUUGAAUGCGUUGCUAAGCCAAUUGGAUGUUUAUCGAUUACAAAAUGUAUAAGUGUGCGUUAUGCGAACAUAAAACCGUUGUAUUUAGUUAAUAAUAUCAGCAAUAAACUAUAACAUGUUUGAAAUCAA